CACCGGCCUACUUCACCAUGGACGACUACACUAACCCAUCCGCAGAGUACGAAGGGGACGAAGGGGAAGAAGAAGAAAACGCGUACGACUCUGAGGACGCUGAAGACCAAACCCAAACUCAAUCGACGCAGCAAGCUUCUCAGCCGAUUGCUACUGCUGCCGAUUCGCACUUGUGGGGCUAUCUUCAACCAUGCAGCUCUUCUCUUACUCGGAUCGACUUUUGGAAAAUUCAUCCUCGAUACUCGAUUGGGAGGAACACGGAAGUGAACCAGGUCGUUCUGCCUGGGUUCAAAGUUAGUAACCAACACUGUGUGAUCAAAUGGGAUGGCGAAGGGAACAGCAACGUUGUUGUUCACGAUCUUUCCAGUAAUGGUACAUUCAUAAACAAUACCAAGAUUGGGAAGGGCCAGUCUAGGAUUCUUCGGGAAGGCAAUGAGAUCGCCUUUGGAACUUCCGUCCCACAACCUCAUAACAAUGGUCUCGAAGAUUAUCGUUUUGUCUAUCGUCACACAGCCAAUGGCCCACCUACAGAGGGCCUCUAUGCCUACUACGACCUCAGCAAUGAGUUGGGCAAAGGAUCCUUCGCAACUGUCAUGAAGGCGAUGUCACGGACAACUGGCGAAUGGUUUGCUGUGAAAAUGAUCCACGGAAACAGGAAUGACCAUCACGUCACGAGGAGCACCUCUUUUACCAGAGAGAUCACCGUUAUGGAGCAACUCAAGCAUCCUAAUAUCUGCGAACUCAAAGAGGUUUUUUACCAGGAGAACAACGACAUAAAUUUAGUACUGGAACUUGUUGAAGGUGGGGAUUUGCUUGAAUACAUCCUCAAGCACAACGGUGUGCCCGAAGUGGAUUCGAAACAUAUAGCAUAUCAGCUUUGCGAUGCACUCGCGUAUAUACACUCCAAGGGCAUCACCCAUCGCGAUUUAAAGCCUGAGAACGUACUUCUCACAAAGGACAGGCCUCCCAGAGUCAAAGUAGCCGAUUUUGGAUUGGCUAAAAUUGUUGACAGCGUUACCAUGUUACGGACGAUGUGUGGAACACCAAGUUAUCUAGCGCCAGAGGUUGUAAAACAAGAGAAUCAUCAAGGAUAUGAUAACCUCGUGGAUAGCUGGAGUGUGGGCGUUAUCAUUUUCUCUAUGUUAACCAACGCAGGCCCAUUCAUUGAAGAUGAAAAUCAACGUGACAUUCGAGCUCGAAUUGCCGGGCGCCACAUUGACUGGAGUAUUCUAGAGAAUGUUAACCCAAGCCCAGAAGCGCUAAGCUUUCUUCAUGCAUUAAUGCAAGAAGACCCACGUCGCCGAAUGUCUUUGAAGGAUGCUCUUGAGCACCCUUGGCUGCAAAGCUAUACGCCUGUUUAUACUAUGGACGAUAUAUCUCACACAUCGUCAUCUGUCACUGGUCAACAAUAUGGGGAGGCUGGUGUAACCAAUGACUUCAUUGGGCUGCAGAUCCAGCCAUCUGUGCCCAAAGCAAAAUCACGAGUCCUUCAACGUCGCAGUCAAGUUCUCUCCCAAGCGGCAGAAGACGACAAGAUUACACUCUCCGAACCGUCAUCCGAAAUGAUCGCGCAUGCGGUCGCUCAGGAGAGGUCUGCAGCCGGCCCCAUGACUAGAGGUGGACAAAAGCGCCUCCGCGGACAGUUAACCCCUCUCCUUGAGGAGAGUGCGGGUGGUUACUUGCCAUCAGGUGCUCCUGGAGCUUCUUCCAAGAGGGGAACCAAACGGCCCCGUCGGUCAAAUGUUUGA